AUGCGAGUUUUUCAUAUUAUCCUACUAAAUAAGCAGCUAGCAAUUCAUGAUAUGUCUGUCAGUUACACAAGCACUAAAAGGAAUCAAGUUUAUAUGACUGUUAUUGGAGAGUGUGAAGCUAAGCCUGAAUCCUCAAAGCCGUUUCAUCCGAUGGUGAAUUUGGAAUGCUCCAGAGAUUUUCGACCGUUUCUGUGUGCCCUCUAUGCUCCUGUGUGCAUGGAGUACGGCCGUGUCACUCUCCCUUGUCGCAGACUCUGUCAAAGAGCGUACAGCGAGUGCUCCAAACUCAUGGAGAUGUUUGGGGUCUCUUGGCCUGAGGAUAUGGAGUGCACCAGAUUCCCAGAUUGUGAUGAGCCAUAUCCUCGUCUUGUUGACCUCAAUUUAGCUGGGGAGCCCACAGAAGAGGCCCCAAUGGCAGUACAGAGGGAUUAUGGUUUUUGGUGUCCUCGGGAGUUGAAAAUUGACCCUGAUCUGGGUUACUCUUUCCUGAGCGUACGGGACUGUUCCCCUCCUUGCCCAAAUAUGUACUUUCGCCGUGAAGAGCUCUCCUUUGCUCGCUACUUCAUCGGAGUGAUCUCCAUCGUCUGCCUUUCUGCUACCUUGUUUACUUUUUUAACUUUUCUGAUCGAUGUCACAAGAUUUCGCUAUCCAGAAAGACCGAUAAUAUUUUAUGCUGUCUGUUACAUGAUGGUGUCAUUAAUUUUCUUCAUUGGCUUUCUGCUUGAAGACCGAGUAGCGUGUAACGCAUCUAGCCCUGCCCAGUACAAGGCUUCCACAGUGACACAGGGCUCUCACAACAAAGCUUGCACCAUGCUUUUCAUGGUGCUCUAUUUCUUUACAAUGGCUGGCAGUGUUUGGUGGGUCAUUCUUACCAUCACAUGGUUCUUGGCAGCUGUGCCAAAAUGGGGCAGUGAAGCAAUCGAGAAGAAAGCAUUGCUCUUCCACGCCAGUGCCUGGGGCAUUCCAGGAACUCUAACCAUCAUCCUCUUAGCAAUGAAUAAAAUUGAAGGUGACAAUAUUAGCGGCGUAUGUUUUGUUGGCCUCUAUGAUGUGGAUGCAUUAAGAUACUUUGUACUUGCACCUCUCUGCCUGUAUGUUGUUGUUGGAGUUUCCCUUCUGCUAGCUGGCAUUAUCUCUCUCAAUCGGGUUCGCAUUGAAAUCCCAUUAGAAAAAGAGAACCAGGACAAACUAGUGAAGUUCAUGAUCCGGAUUGGCGUGUUCAGUGUUCUGUACCUCGUGCCACUGUUGGUUGUAAUUGGCUGCUAUUUCUAUGAGCAGGCUUAUCGAGGUGUGUGGGAGACGACGUGGAUUCAAGAACGUUGCAGAGAAUAUCACAUCCCGUGUCCCUAUCAG